ACAGAAACUGCUGGUACCAACUACUUUUCUAAUCAGCCUCAUCCAAUUCCCGAUUUAAAUAAUACAUCAUCGUCGUCCCAAGAAGUCGGAAACCCAAGCUCCCCCGGUUUCCUCACCGCUCAGCUUUUUUCUUUUUGCUGAUUGGCCUUCUAGGUGGGCAAUUGCAUAUCGCAUAUCUUUAUUAUCUUAUAGGUAAACAAUUGCUCUCUUGAAAGGUAAAAAUGGCAAGGCGAACCUACGAAUCCCCCAUGGACUGGGAAUAUCAGAAUAAUGGCCCAAUGGAUCCCUCAAGCCCGUUUGCUCAGUCUACCAAAAAACCGGAAACGAAAGGCACCAAUCUAAGCCUCUUCGGUUCAUCCAACACCAGCGGCAAUGCGAAUAACGCUCCAUCUGCCUUUGGGCAAAACCCCUUCUUUCGCACACAAAGCACGCCUUCCAAACCAGGACCUCCCACGCCAAGCCAGCGCUCCAUAUUCGCUUCUUCCUCUGCUCUCCAGAGAACAAUAACUGCGCCCCCAUUCCGGAAUCCCGCUUUCACUACUCCGAGAAAGCCGUUCGAUGAUACAAUUUCCGAGUUCUCACCUGCCGACUCUAGUCCUGCCGGCACUGACGCCUCGGAUUUGAUCGAAACCCCCGAGAAUGACCGUUCUUACGAUCUCUCGCGCAUGUCUAUAACUCCUUCUACGAUGAGCACCAACAGGACAGUGUCACCCAAGAAGGCGUCUGGGAAAGGCGAAAUACCGAAGACGCUAUUUGCAUCUCGGGACAAGGUACGCAAGAGGAAGCGAUAUAAUGCAGACAAGGACGUUAGCGGCUACCGCCUACCCUACAUGCAGCAGGAGGAGUAUAAUGAGUCGGAUUACGAGUCUGACGAAAGUACCUUCCAGCCGCACAAAACCCGUAAGGAGCCAGGGAAGCGCAAAAAGGAUGGCUGGUUCGGGUCAUUCCUGGCCACCGUUCAGCGACACCCCUAUGCGCCAAGUAUAUUGGGAUACUGGUUGACAUUCGGAUUCAAUCUCUUUUGCGUGAGUGGUGCAUGCUGGGUCGUUUGGGCUAUCAUCAGCGGUUUGCGGCAAGACUUCUCCACCGAAAGGCAGUCACUGAGAGCCGAUAUACUCGCGGAAAUUGAUAAAUGUACAAACGACUACCGAGAGAACAGGUGCCACCCAGUUGAGAAGCGACUCCCGGCAAUGUACGAGCUGUGUGAUAAAUGGUUCGACUGUAUGCAUCAAAACCCGGACUAUGUCAAGCAGGUGUCCAGCAGUGCAAAGGAGAUGGCAAAGAUCUUGAACGAAAUCGUCGAGACUAUGUCCUACAAGACGAUAGCGUUGAUUCUUGCUAUGUUUGUAAUAUUUCUAUAUAGUGGGAGAUCUCUCUAUAAGAGCACCAACGCUUUCACGGAUAUUCCGCACCCCAACCCGUCGGGGCCUUUUCCCUCACAGCAUGCUAACAACCAGCAAAUGGGGCCUACUCAGCAACAAAUGUACUGGCCUCAGACGCCAAGACACACGAGCAAUCGACGUCUUAUGGCCCCAGAUUUCACACCAGACACGGACGAUGGACCCCAAAGAUUCCACUCCCUGCCCCCCUCAGAAACGCCGUUCUUACGAAGAAGCCCGUCCAAGGGCGACAGAGAUAGAAGUCCUACUAAGAGCAGGAGUCCCGUCAAGCGAUACUAAUGUCGUGAUACUUGCGAACUCAUGUGGGAUGUACGAUAAUGGAGAAGAAAGAAAGCAUUACGCUAGCUUUGGGUUUGUCAACUGGGCCUCAUUGCGACGGGAGUUUCGGAUAAGUUUCUGAUAAAAAGUAUUGUUGUAUAAAAUAAUCAAGGAUAGAUCGCCUUGGUGACGAUGAGUGUGAAAGUAUUAUAGUGAUGUAUGAGAUCAAAAGAACUUGGAGUAUCUAAGAUCU